GGCGGCCUCGUCACCGCCUCGAUUAGAAGCCGGCCGGCGAGUGAGAAAGAAGGUUGAGAUACCCGCAGUGACCAUGGCAUCCACCUCAGAAAAAGUCUUCCCAACUUAUGAUGAAACAGCGGGUUCAAAACUGCUGCGAAAGUCGAAGGAAAUGCCCUUCGUCCCCCUGGGUCUGGCGGGUUGUCUCAGUCUGGCCGCCUUCGGCAUCUACCGGUUGAAGAACCGAGGAGAGACCAAAAUGUCCAUCCACUUGAUCCACACGCGGAUGGCUGCCCAGGGCUUUGUGGUGGGGAGCAUCGUUUGCGGUGUGGUUUAUAGCAUGAUCCGGGAUUACGUCUGGAAGCCUCAGUCAAAGUCGUCAGAAACCCGUUGAAUCUCUCCCCUUCCUCUCCACCGUAGGGAUAGUUUUCCUUAUCUGCGCUGAAGGAGGAAAAAGAAAGCAAAAUUUAAUUCUAAUUUUAUACCUCUUCCACACCCAACUUUUCCUGACAUCAUGUUUCCUUUGUGUGUGUCACAAAAAUCCCUUAUUUUUUUAUUUUAUUUUAUGCUCAAACCCACAAAUUGAGCUUUGUUCCUUCGCUGCCAUUUCUACCCUCCGCGUCGGCACUAUGUGAAACCGAGGCGACUCCAGAUUUUUCUCUCACAGACAACCUUUUCGGGGGGUGGGGUGGGGAUCAUAUUGUGACACACACUGUUGUGUGUAUUUUCCUCCAAAAUUGAGAUAUUUUCCCCUGCUUCCUUCAGAAGUGAAUUUAGACCACAAAUCAUCAAACCGCCAACACAAAGAAGUUGCUUUUUUAAUCCAUUUCUGGGGAAGGUUGUGACACGUUGUGGUGUUAUUUGUCGCUUGAGAUCCUGUCACCCUCCUGUUAAAUGUGCUUUUUUGGGGGGGACACUGGUGCUUGUGCACACCAGAAAACCACAACAUUGUGACAGAGAGAAACGAGAGAGGAUUCUAACACUUCAGCUGUCUAUCAUGCUAUUCACAGUUGUAUUUAUUACACCUUAUUAAAACCGUAGAUGUUUAAAUUAUUUAGCCAAAAAAAAGGA